AUGUCAAAAGAUUUAACCAGAUCAACGGCUACUACGUCAAUGACAACAUUGCCUAGAAAGCCGGUAGAAAUACUUGACGAGGACACAUACACCGAAGCCAUCAGCGAAAUCAUUGCUAGGGAUUACUUUCCUACAGUAGCUUCUCUGAAAGCGCAGAAUGAAUACCUAGAUGCUUUGAGUUCUAAUGAUCCCGAACAGUUGCGCCUAGCUACAAUAAGAUUAACAGAGAUAGCAACACCGCAAAGGAAACUAGCAGCUUCAACCCCGAGAAUUCGAGAUACAAUGACGCCUCGCGGUGAAUGGGAUUCACCAGUUCCCACUCCGAGAACCACAGCGUCAAGAGUAGUAGAAACAGACGUUUCAAGCAAAAGUCACGUAGAUACCGACAUGUCUUUGGAUAAAUUCCAGGACAAGUAUACAAAAUUGAUGAGAAAACAGAGCGAAGAAAGAAGGGAAAAGUUAAAAUGGAUGUUUGAGUCAAAGAGUAAUCCACAGAAACUAUUAGAAAGUAGUGGAAAUGAACCAAAGCUUAUUGAAGGAUCAGGCAACAGCGGUGGGAGCCAGCCACCCAAUGCGCUAAUGUUCUAUCCGGAGGGCCAACCCCAUAAACCUGAAGAAAACAGUAGGUGCGCACCAAAACAGAUAGCGCCCGCAAAUACGAGGUUUGAAUCACCUGAUGAAGUGAACAUAAAUAAUCAUGCGGCCGCCACUGCAGCAGCUGCUAUGGCUGCUGGGUUAAGUUUAACUUCGAGUCCAACCGCUAGCAGUAUGAGCGGGACACCAAAAGUUGGCGGAUAUGCGUUUGUUUCGGCAACACCCUCACCGGCACCUUCCCAGCUCGAUAGUUCAGAACUAAUGACAUGGGGUACGAUAGAAGGCUCGCCUUUGCUAAUUAGCGGUGAUCAGACACCUGGACGUGCUUUCCAAUUACCUCCUACUCCCCGACGAGAAAUAAUCGGGAUGGCACUUUCAAGUAGCGCAUCCCGUAAUAUUCGUAAGCGCACUACACCGAUGAAGUCACCGAGGAAUUCGACGCCCACCGGGAUAUCUGCAAGAAUUGCUAGUCCGCUUCGAGUAUCCAUGUUGUCUCCAGCAGCAAAGCAAUUGUUGCGUAAAUCACAUAAGAAACCAAAGACUAACGUCGAUCUCCAGUUGAGAGCUUCAUAUGGCACGCCUAGUAGGAAAGGCAUAUGCAAACAGAAGCUAGGGUGA